CAACAGAAAAAAGUUUACAUUCGAAAUAACUUUUUUUAAUUUUUGUGAAGUCGUAGAAAGUCAAUUCAAAUAACGGCAUUUAUUUUUGCGUGUAUGGUGAAAAUAUGUUAAUUUUUUCGGGAAAUCUCAACACCGAAAUUGAGAACCAAAACGAUCAGCUGUUCUCCGUGUGGCUUUAGCAGUGAUGUUAUUAAUUCAAAAUAAAGUUCCGUCUGUACAUAAUCUAGAUGUCGACUGAAAAUGCGAAAACGAGAAUUCGCCACCAGCACCAUCAUUCAUCGCUAGAUUAAGAAUCUGAACUUGAACAGUUGUGGAAACCCAGCGGAGCGAGGUUAUCUGCAUACUAUGUUACUACCUGAUAACGGGCAGCUUCCGAACGAGCGGUCGGUCAUCUUUCGACUUCAAACUUUCGGUUUCAUUCUCUAUCGAGUUGGAAAUUUCUUACCGAGCGGUCGCAGAUUUUUAGUUAGCCUGGUGCCCCCCACCCAGUUUGCUUCGUGGAUAAAAAUUCACCUGAGCUGAGCGGCCGGUUUUGUUUACUCUACCAAACAGCAACCGGAGAACUAGAAGACAAAACAAUUUUGUUUUUGCAUUAGUUUGUGUGGAAUCGGAUAACAUGGCUGGAGUGCUUGUACGGUCCGGAAUUGUUCCUCUCGCUCGCUCCUGCGGUGGAGCCCGCGAAAGCAUGUGUUUUUCGCGACCGGUUUAUAUACUGGAUAAAAGGCGGCACGAUGGUGCUAUCACAAAGACCAGUGAGUGCUUCGCGUCGACAAUUUCAUCAGCUAGCGCGCAGCAGUUAUCGGAAGCAUUGCUCCAUCGACGUAAAGCGAUAGUUCCUGGAGUGUCACGUUCCAUCAGCCUUUCUUCCGGUCCUGUCCUGCACAGUGCAACACGAGCGGAACCAUUUAAGAUGUCCGGCAAUGCCAAACUACUGCACGAGAACCUGUGGGAGUCGGACCCGGAACUGAUGGAAUUGAUCCGGCUGGAGAAGAAACGUCAAAUUCAUGGUCUGGAAAUGAUUGCCAGUGAAAACUUUACCUCGCUGUCGGUGCUGCAGUGCUUGGCCUCGUGUCUUCACAACAAAUAUUCGGAGGGACUCCCUGGUCAGAGAUACUAUGGCGGUAACGAGUACAUCGAUCAGAUCGAGAUCCUAGCCCAGCAGCGAGCUCUCAAGGCGUACCGCCUCAACCCGGAAGAGUGGGGCUGCAAUGUCCAACCUUAUUCUGGCUCACCGGCUAACUUCGCCGUGUACACGGGACUGAUCGAACCGCACGGUCGUAUCAUGGGUCUAGAUCUGCCCGACGGUGGCCACUUGACGCAUGGUUUCAUGACAGCUACAAAGAAAAUUUCCGCUACAUCAAUCUUUUUCGAAUCGAUGCCCUACAAGGUGGACCCGAAGAGCGGGUUGAUUGAUUACGAUAAGCUCGAGGAAAGUGCGAGGAACUUCAAGCCGAAGAUCAUUAUCGCUGGCAUCUCGUGCUACUCGAGAUGUUUGGAUUACAAACGUUUCCGGCAGAUUGCCGAUGCGAACGGGGCGUACCUGUUUGCGGAUAUGGCGCAUAUUUCCGGCCUGGUAGCUGCUGGCGUUAUUCCAUCUCCUUUCGAGUAUGCUGAUGUGGUAAGCACGACGACACACAAAUCACUGCGAGGACCUCGGGCUGGAGUGAUUUUCUACCGGAAGGGUGUUCGCAGUGUGAAGGCAAACGGAGACAAGGUGAUGUACGAUUUGGAGUCCCGUGUCAAUCAAGCUGUGUUCCCCGGUCUGCAGGGAGGUCCACAUAAUCACGCAAUUGCUGGAAUCGCUACCUGCAUGCUGCAGGCUACGACUCCCGAGUUCCGAGAGUAUCAGGAGCAAAUUAUUCGCAACGCACGCGCUCUUUGCAAUGGUUUGCUCGAAAAAGGUUACAGCAUUUCAACAGGUGGCACUGACGUACAUCUAGUAUUGGUGGAUUUGCGGCCGGCUGGAAUCACUGGAGCUCGCGCAGAAUACAUUUUGGAGGAAAUUUCUAUUGCUUGUAACAAAAAUACCGUUCCCGGGGAUAAGAGCGCCCUCAACCCCUCGGGCAUCCGUCUGGGAACGCCCGCUCUAACUACGCGCGGUCUGGUAGAAGCAAACAUGGCCGAUGUGGUGAACUUUAUCGAUCGGGGCCUUAAACUAUCUACUGAGAUCACUGCCGUGUCCGGUCCGAAGCUGGCCGACUUCAAGCGAGUUUUGCACGAGGACCCUACGCUGAGCGCAAAAGUGCAAGCUCUGAAGAAAGAAGUGCAAGCUUACAGUGAGAAGUUCCCGAUGCCUGGAUAUGAAGAUUAUUAGGCUUCAGGUAUGUGGGCGGCUUUCUGUUUGGUUUUAACUCGCAAACAAAGGUUAUGAGGCAGCCAGUCUUGGGAACUGAUGGCUGGUAUAUGUAAAGUGACAAGUAUGACUUUAAAGCAUCGUAUUAAAAUUAUAAGAUAGAUUGAUAUUUUCUGCAAAAUAUAUAUUGAUAUCACUUGCCAUUGGAAGCAUGGGGUUAAA